AUGUCAGAAUCAAAGGAAUAUCUACGCAGAACAAGAAAUCUAAAACAGGAAGAUGUAAAGGAAGAACCACCAGAUCAAAAUUCCAAAAAAAAGAAAGAAAAAACAAAACCAACGCACAAAAGCCCCCGAUCUAAUUUCAGUAAAGAUCAGCUGGAUAUUCUAGAAGCGGCUUUCCGUACGAAGAAGUACAUCAAGUCGAAACAACGUGACGACUUAUCGCAAGCAACAGGACUUACCGAGAAUCAAGUAACGCAUUGGUUCCAGAAACGUAGAUAUAAAGAGAAGAAAAAGAUAACUAAGGAACAGAAGCUAGAGGAAAAAUGGAACAAGUACCUUCUAGAAUUAAUAGAAAGUAGUGUUGCGGUGCCGUUUCUGGAGUUGUUGGAAUACGUUGAUAAUUAUUCCAUUCAGAGAGAUUAUUUUGUAAAUAACUCCAGUCUCCAACAAGCAAAUGGGUUUGUGUGUCCACAUGAGUACUACCAUGGUACUCUUUUAAAGUGCCCUUGCGCCUCAUCUGCUCCCAGUGGUACACACUAA